AACAAACUAUCACAGACAGAAUUGUAAUCGCGUUUUGAGCUCUCUGCCUACCCGUCAUGGCGCUAUGGACGUAAACAUUAGGCAACUUUUCUUUCAUGUCUGUCAUGCUGGUUUGUGGUCAGUAAAGAUGCUGAGGUAUUAAGAAAGAGAGAGCAGCAAGUGUACAUGUGAAAUAUAUAUUUACAGUGACUACACAUUACAAAGAUGCCUCGUUAUGCUCAGCUUGUGAUGGGCCCUGCUGGCAGCGGAAAGAGCACUUACUGUUGCACUAUGGUUCAGCACUGCGAAACUGUAAAUCGAUCUGUGCAAGUGGUAAACCUUGAUCCUGCAGCAGAAUACUUUGACUACCCUGUCAUGGCAGACAUUCGAGAACUGAUUCACGUUGAUGAUGUAAUGGAAGAUGAAACUCUGAAAUUUGGCCCCAAUGGUGGCCUAGUUUUUUGUAUGGAAUAUUUUGCUAACAACUUUGAUUGGCUUGAAAACUGCCUUGGGCAUGUGGAAGAUGAUUAUAUACUGUUUGAUUGUCCAGGUCAGAUUGAACUGUAUACUCAUCUGCCAGUAAUGAAACAACUGGUGGACCAAUUGCAGCAGUGGGAAUUUAGAGUUUGUGGAGUGUUCCUAGUUGACUCUCAGUUUAUGGUGGAAUCAUUUAAGUUUCUUUCAGGUGUACUGGCAGCCCUCAGUGCUAUGGUGACUCUAGAGAUACCCCAGAUGAAUAUUAUGACAAAAAUGGACUUACUAAGUAAAAAGGCUAAAAAAGAAAUAGAAAAGUACCUUGAUCCAGAUACUUACUCCUUAAUAGAGGACUCUACAGGUUCACUGACCAGCUCAAAGUUCAAAAAACUGACAGAAACCAUUUGUGGACUGAUUGAUGACUAUAGCAUGGUUCGCUUCUUGCCAUUUGAUCGGUCAGAUGAGGAAUCCAUAAACAUAGUUCUGCAACAUAUUGAUUUCAGCAUCCAGUACGGUGAAGAUUUAGAUGUGAAAGAGCCAAAGGAACAUGAAGAGGACAAUGUGGGUACAGAGGAUGACUUUUUCCAGUACAGAACAACAGAAGAUAUUGAUACUUGAAUAAAAUCAUGUCCUCCAUGGUAAAGUCGGGAUGCAUACCAGCUCCAGUUGACUGAAGGGGUAGUCUACGAAGCCGAGGGAGUUUACAGUGCCCUUCUAUUUUGCCAGAUACUGAGAGUUAAUAUGCCUGAACUAAGAUUUUUGUUGAUUGAAUGCAACGUUUCUAUUCCCUGAAGAGUUCUGUUUGAAUAUGUAGUAAAAUGGAAGUAAUACAGGUUUGAUAUGGGUACUUUGCUUAAUUCUGAAAAUCAGAUAAUUCUUUUCAUUUAACUAGUCUGUUUUCCCUUAAAUAUUUAGCCUUAGUGAAGCUUUCAGAACAAAAGUUAUCCACAUUACCUAAAAGAUUUUACAUGACAAUAUUUGCAGAAGAAACAGUUUUAGUGAAAAUAAAGCCUUACACACGUAAUGUCAUGAGGGUAUCCAUUCUGUAUCAGGAUUAAACAAUAAAAUACCUGGAAACAGUAAGGAUGUUAGUUUCAUUAAGCUGUUGUUGUAGCGUGCCUGAGGCAACAUAUGAGAUAAACUAUUUUCUUUGCUUGUGGUACUUUACACUCAUUGGUUAUGCAGUCAGUUCUUUCUUAUGUGCAUAGUGCACCAGCUCACUAAAAAGACAAGGCAUUCUUGGCACCAUCAUACAUGCUAAGCAAGGUAUAACUUGGAAGGCAGAUGUCAUAAGCUAAACUCACAUUGAUGUGUCGUGUUAUAGUCCUUCAUUUAAUAGUUGUCCUUUCCUUUUAUUGCAGUGUUGUAGGUACCAGUUGCAGUUCAGUGAGCCACAUUCUGAAAAUAACCCUAGGUUGUUCAUACGUAGUGCACCCUCCAGGACACCACUUAGGGAUUGAGGAUGCAGAGUGCUGUUCUGUCUCAGUAGAUAAGAGUGUGUUAAAACAUUUUUGCCUAACCAUAUGUGGAACACAACAAACAAGACUCCAUUUUAAUGGAGAGUGUGCUGAUUCCAUACUGGCAUCCCAAAUAUGAGUUUGCCUUAGUAGAAGGCAAUAAAAGUGCUUGUCAGCAGGAGCACAGGACAUAAACAUUAGUAGAAGGCAAUAAAAAUACCUGUCAACAGAAACACAGGAUGUCAGUAAAUUAUUUCUAUUGUAUAGCCAGUAAGUCUCCUAUGUUGUUGGACUGAAAAUGCAUUUAAAUUUUAUUAUAUAGUGCAAAAGGGUAAUUUUAGUUUAUAAAGGAAGAUUUGACCCUUUUUAACCUACAGCUGGAUUAGCAAAAUUUUAACUAUGUUUAGCAUGUGGAAAGUUAUGUCAAGGCUGUAACUGUCUGUCAUAGUGAACUUUGCUUCCAAAAUAAAGGUCUGUGAGUUGUUAAUAUA